AUGUCUGACAAAGAAGGUGGUGCUGCUCCCACUGAGCACCUCAACAUCAAGGUCACUGAUAACAACAACGAGGUCUUCUUCAAGAUCAAGCGUUCCACACAGCUCAAGAAGCUUAUGGAUGCUUUCUGCGAACGCCAGGGAAAGCAGCCCUCAACUGUCCGCUUCCUCUUUGACGGAACCCGUGUCCGCCCUGAGGAUUCACCCGAUACUCUUGAAAUGGCCGAUGGCGAUACCCUCGAAGUGCACCAAGAACAAAUUGGAGGAUGUUAA